AUGAACCCCACCCUUUUUCAUUCUCUUUUUCCUCUUACAAUCCUCCUUCUUUUCUCCAUCUUUCUAUCCUCUAUUCCAGGGUCUUUGCUGUCCACGGACCCACUAUCUUCUCCUUGCGAACCCCCUGUGGUCCGCAGACCACAGUUUGAAAACCCCUGCUCUAUUCCUUCCCUUUUUUUACUUUCUCACUUUCCCCUCAUUUUCCUCCCUAUUUUUCUCUUUAGGAAUAUCUUUGCCCCUCUUUUUUCAUUUCCACUUAUCCUCCUGCCUGCUUUUUUCUCUCUAUGUACCUCUUACCUCACCCUUUUUCACUCUCUCUUUUCGUCUUACAAUCCUCCCUCCUUUUCUCCAUCUCUUCUUUCAAGUAGAGCCUCCCUCAAAUUUCUGUCUAUGUAUCAAAUUCCUCCUACUUUUUCACUGUCUUUAUUUCCUCGUUCAUUUCCUCUUUUUAUCUGUCUAUACAUUCUAUCGCUUUGCGCCCUCUUUUUCUAUCCAUGUAUAAUUACCCUUUUUUUUUUCUCUUUCUAUUUACAUUCCUCUUCUACUUUUCUAUCUCACAUUUCUCUCGCUUUCCUCCUCAUUUUUCACAAAGUAUUUCCCUCUCCCUUUCCUUCUUCGUAUUUUUUCUUUUUUCUCUACGUUUCGAUCCUUCCCCUUUUUCACUUUCUCUCUUUCCCCUCACAUCUCUUCUCUUUUUCUUUAUCUCUUCUUUCUCUUAUUCCCUUCCUCUUUUUUUAUCUAUGUAUCACUUUCCUUCCUCUUUUUCACUCUCUUUCCUAUCAUUUUUCGCACUCUUUUUUUCUAUACAUUUACCUCAUACCUCUCCACUUUUCAUUGUCUGUCAUUCCUAUCUUUUCUCUCUCUCUCCUCUCACAAUCUUCCCUCUUUUACUGCAUCAGUCCUUUCUCUAACUUUUUUUUCCGUCUAGUUUUUAUGUUUGCAUAUAUUUCACCCACUUUUCUCUGUCUUUCUUCUCUGUCUCUCUUUCCUCUCAAUUUCUUCCCCCUUUCUAUCUUCCCCUCUACCUCCCUCCGUUUUCUCUCUCUCUCUCUCUCUCUCUCUCUCUCUAUCUAUCUAUCUAUCUAUCUAUCUAUCUAUCUCCACCUUCAUCACUUUCCUAUGCCCCGGCGUCUGACCACUUUUACUCCCCUUACUCAACUUAUUCUUGCAUUUCUCUCUGAUUACCUUUGUCUCAAAUUGGCAAAGUUGUUGUCUCCAUUCAAACACUACCAUCUUGGGACAUCUGUCAUUUGGUCAAGGCUCUACGGUUGA